AAUAUUUUUUUUGGAUUACUCUAAGAUUUUUACUCUAUUGUUCUGAAUGUUUUUUGAGCUGACUUCAAUUGGCGCUGAUCUCUUGGACGGCUUGGUCUCGCUUUCCAGAGACAGAGUGAAAAGAGCCGCUUUUUUGUUCCAAAUUUUGUUUUUAAUUUUUUUUGUCAUAAGCGUCAUUGUUGAAAAUGAACGCGGCGGUCGAUCUUGACCCAGGUGCUUCAAGUCAACCGCCCGAAAUGUUUUUAGAGUACCUUUUUCAAUGCAGAAGGGCCCUCGAGCAGAUUAGAGAUUGUAUCGUUUUUGAAAAAAGCAAUGCAGAUGCGCAGAGCGAGGGAGGAGCACGCCCUGACCAGAAUGAGUCUUCGUUAAGUGCCGGAGGAGAUUCUUCCGAGAUGGCCGAGCCGGUUAUUUUGGCGACCGUUCAGGAGGAGCAAAAUCUGAAGGUUCUCCUUUCGGAUGCACUCAUGGAGCGAGACCGUCUGAUGGGAGCAUUGGAGGAGUGCAGGGCAGAAUCUGGUACGCGUUUGGCUCGAAUUGGACAGCUUCAAGAUUUGCAUUUGGCGACGGUCAGAAGUUUGGAGGAGGAGAAAAAACGAAGAGAAGAGUUGCAGCUGGAAUUGACAUUCCAGAAGGACGUAUCCAAGCACUUGGCUCGUUACGUGCGCUCGAUGAAGUCCGAGGUGAAGAAUUUAUGUCAGCAAUACAACCAACUAGAGGCAUCUUUGGAACUGACGAGGUGCGCAUUCGCCGCACACGAGAAGAAGCAGCAAAGUUACGAGAGUUAUAUCAAGAGAGUAGAGGAGUUAUGUCGGAUACAGAGGAGCAGAGCGGAGGAGCAGAUAGAAAAGGAGAGGCAAUUUGAAUUGAGGGAGGCGAAAUUCCGUGAGAUAGAAGAAGAGAAGGAUUCGUCUAUUUGUGUUAAGGAUACGAUUAUUGAGUCGAUGAAGGCGGAAUUGGAGCAGGAGAGGUCGAAAUUGGGGGCGAUAGGCGAGGAGUUUCAGAAAUUGUCGUUGUUAGUGGAGAGGCAGUUUAGGCUUUGCGAGAAGGAGCAGUUGAGAAACAAGUCUAUGGAUUUAGAGUUGAGAAGGCUGAAGGAGUCGUGCAGUUCGAAGGGUCUAGAAGAGACAGCUAGAGAGGAGAUUGAGAAGAACGAGCGCAAAGUUCAAGAAUUGCUCGGAAAAUUAGAAGCGGAAAGAUUGAGGAGCGAGCAGAUCUCUCUCCGGUACGACGAGUCGCAGAAGAGGAUGAAAGAUUAUUUGCUUGAAAUGAAGAGACAAAGGGAUGAGGCAAUGGAGAGUGCUGUAAGGGCGAUGGAAAGGGAGAGGAGUUUGAAGAAAGUGUUGGAAUUGAGGGACGGAAGGGGUUCUUCUUUGCCUGCGAACGCAUCUUGGGACCGUAAUUUUUGCUUGUUGGAUAGCGGGGCGACGGAUUACGCAAAAAGGGACGUCGAAAAAAAGGAUGUGGUAGACGAAUUGGUGGAUGAAAUUUUAUUAAAAGAGCCGGCGGACAUUGAAGAAGAACCGUUUGACUUGCUACUUCCUACAUCAGCUUACGAGAGCAGAAAGGGACGCGCCGAAAGGAGAAGAGAGGCUAUGAAGUGUUGUUCGGACUUGCCUUACGGUCUCAGCGUGCAUUGCAGUAAAUGCAAGGGAUCCUUUCAUGCAAGCUGCGCGGAAAAGGUGUCUCCGUUGAGUUCGAGAAAGAAGGGGUCGAAGUUCGUGUGUGACGAAUGCAAGGCGAAAACCAGAACUUCGGUGCAAGCGAAGCCGCGAUCGAAAUAAGAGAGAGAAAAAAAAAAGUGGCCUCGCGCCACGCGGGGCGUGUACAUAGAGAGAGUAUCGAAUGAAUGUGUACAAUGUGUGUGUGUAUAUAAUCAAAACGAGUUUAUU